UCAUUCAUUUAUUCACUACUCCAACAAAAAGAGCAAGCUCUAUCCGUUGACUCUCAUAUAACUUCGAAGCUAUCGCACGUACUCCGCUGGCGAGGUACACAACUUGAAUCCCAGCGACUUCGUGCCACAAUCCAACCAUUACGACCAUCACGACUGAGUCAUUCCUCAACGACCUCUCAUCGACACAACACAACGUAGCAACUCUCUCAACUCCUUCCCAACCCACAAGACAAAAUGGCUCCUCAAAGGAAUGCCACUUUGGCAAAAUCCUUUGUCAGAAAGCCAGGAAGGAGAGGUGCAGAAGAUUCUUCGAUACCAAUACGUACAGAAGCGCCUCCUCCGCUACGACAACCAACAAAAGUUGCAAGAACCAAAACUUUAACACGACCCGAAAGAGGGCAACCUCAAGUGCCUUUGCUCAAUCCUGAUGCUCAAGGCGUUGGCAGAGGGAUGUCAAAAACGGGUAGAGGAGUUUGGAGAAUAUUUGCAAAAGCUAUUACAUGUUGUUGUCCAGGUUUCUGUUUGAGCGGUUGUGGGGGUUUGAAGGAUAAAGGCAGUCAACAGGCUUGGAGAGAAAAGGUUGCUUUGGUAUACAUUGCACUCCUCUUGGGUGCCUUUGUCGGCUUCAUCACAAUGGGAUUGAAUAAGGUCUUCUGUCCUGCUUCGGCUGCCAAUCUUCCCAACGAAUUGAUCAGAAUUGGAAAGAAUAGCAAACCUUCGGUUGGUAUUAUGGGUCUCGAAUAUGAUAUCGAUAAGGCAAAGCUACCGACACAGAAUGAGAUAGGAUACGAUAUGUACACACGUGCUGGAACCUUGUCUGGAUACGAUAUCACACCUCUUUUCCAACGUGAUCAAAAUACAUACUACCCAGCAUGUAAUGGAAGAACUGGGCUAUAUGCAACAACGGAUCCAUGCAAAAUAACCACACCAAACAGCAAACUGACUCCAUGUCCUUUGGGUCCUCUGACGCCAGCAAACCUACAAUCGAAGCAAAUCACUCCUAUGGGUACCAAGGUAGGCUACAGCUGGGAGGAUUUGGCAUCGACCAAUUUCACAAAUUUAGUCGUGAUUGAUGGUAACGUGCUCAAUUUGCAACCCUACAUUGAUGCAAACCCAACCCCAAAUCCGACGGAUGAGGUGGACACUGCCAUUCGUGUCUUGCUAGCCGCCGAAGCUGCUGGAGGUCAUGACGGUACAAGGAUGUUCUACACCCGACAAAAUCUCAAGGAUGCCGUUCCAUGCAUGUUGCAAAAGUACUAUGCUGGUCACAUUGACAAACUCACGCCGGGUUGUUUCGUUUCUGGUUUGAUCCUCUACAUUUCUUUGGUGAUCAUUUUGGGUCUCGUCUUAGUGCGUUUCUUCAUGGCAAUUUGGUUCAGUUGGUUUUUGAGUUGGAGAUUGAGUUCAACACCUUCAGAUUAUGGCACAAGCAGUAUGUUACAUAGCAGAAUGCCAGAAGGAGCACUCGGAACAGUAGACGGACAUGGUGCUGCUCCAUGGGCAUCGAAACAUGCUCCACCAACAAAGCCAAUGAGGAUGAAUCAUAGUGCGCCAAGCGUUAGUAUGUCGUCUGCUUCUAUUUGCAAUGAACCAUAUGUUGUUUGCCUAAUCACAGCAUACAGUGAAGGUGAAGAAGGUAUUUCGACCACCCUUACAUCCAUCUCGGAAACGGAAUAUCCCGAUCAACGCAAGCUGUUGUUCCUCGUAGCCGAUGGAAUGGUGACAGGUUCAGGAGAAUCGCAAUCGACUCCAGAUAUCUGUGUCAGCUUGUUAGAAGCUGAUCCUCGAUUCGGCACGCCAAUGCCAAUGAGCUUCAUCAGUGUUGCUUCAGGAAGUAAACAACACAAUAUGGCAAUGGUCUAUGCAGGUCAUUAUACCCGCGGAAGAGGACAUCGUACUCCGAUGAUUGUUGUUGUGAAAUGUGGAACGCCACAAGAGGCGUCAGAAAGCAAGCCAGGAAAUCGAGGUAAACGUGAUAGUCAAAUGAUCUUGAUGAACUUCUUCCAACGUGUGACGUACAACGAUCGAAUGACGCCAUUGGACUUUGACUUGUUCCGUAAAGUGCAUUCGUUGAUGGGUGUCACACCGGACUUUUUCGAAUUGUGUUUGAUGGUGGAUGCCGAUACAAAGGUGUAUCCAAAAGGUGUUCGAACAUUGGUCAACGCAAUGACUCGUGAUCCUUUGAUCAUGGGCGCAUGCGGAGAGACUCGAAUUGCAAACAAACGAGCUUCUUGGGUUACAGCCAUUCAAGUAUACGAAUACUUUAUUUCGCAUCAUAUGGUCAAAGCAUUCGAAUCCGUGUUUGGAGGUGUGACUUGUUUGCCAGGUUGUUUCUCCAUGUACAGAAUCAAAGCACGCAAACCUGCCGAUAAUGAUUGGGUACCUGUGAUCGUCAAGCCGGAAGUCACACGAGAAUACAGUCAAAGUACCGUUUCCACCCUUCACCAAAAGAAUUUGCUCUUGUUGGGAGAAGAUCGAUUCUUGACUACAUUGCUUUUGCGUACUUUCCCGAAUCGCAAGAUGAUUUUCGUUCCUCAAGCACGUUGUCGUACAGAAGUGCCACAUACGUUCAAGAUGUUACUCAGUCAGAGACGUAGAUGGAUCAAUUCAACAAUUCACAAUUUGAUGGAGUUGAUUUUGGUUCGUGAUCUUUGUGGUACUUUCUGCUUCUCGAUGCAAUUCGUCGUGUUUAUGGAUCUUCUUGGUACAGCUGUUUUACCGGUUGCUAUUUGCCUUACGUACACCUUGGUCGUUUCGUAUAUUCUCAACCCACCACACACGUUUACGGAAGCAAUCCCUUUGAUGUUGUUGAUUGCUGUUAUUGGUUUGCCGGCCGUUUUGAUUUUAUUGGCCACACGCAAGAUCGUUUAUACUGCAUGGAUGUUGGUCUACCUUGUCUUCUUGCCAGUAUGGAAUUUUGCCCUACCCGUUUACAGCUUUUGGCACUUUGACGAUUUCAGUUGGGGAGAAACGAGAAAAGUUGAAGGUGAAGGGAAAGACAAAGGUCACGGCGAUGGCGUAGGUGUAUUUGCUGCAGCAAGUGUGCCUUUGAGAAGAUGGCAAGAUUGGGAAAGAUCUCGACUAAAGAGACAAGCCCGUGAAGAAAGACGUCGACGUGAUUUGGAAAAGCAAUUCGGAGCUGGCUUUCACAAUGAUCAAACUGAUCCAAGAGAUAUGAUGCAGAAUGGCUUGCAAAGGCCACCUCAAUACAAUGGUCUGGGACUCGAUAACAGUGAUAACUUUAGCGAUAUCUCUGGUACCAAUGAAGAUGACGAUCUUUGGGGACCUCAUAUUGGCUCUUUCAAUGAAGAAGCACCUCCACCAUUGGCAAUCGUUCGUCACAGUGUCUGGGUGGACGGUCAAGAGAUGAUCGUUGAGCAAGAUGAUAUGGAAAAGAUGCUAUCACAAGGAUGGGCUGACGAUGGGAUGAACAAAGCUCAAAUGCAUACUACCAAUGUUGUUGGUGCUCCGCCUCCUCUUCGACCCAGCGCAGCAAAUGCGAGACGCAGCAUGAUUGGGUUUAAUGGCAACAUGCAGCCUGCUCUUCCAAAUAUGCCACCCCAAUGGGAUCAAAACCGUGGACCGCAAAGAUCGCAUUUACCACCGGUACUGGACAUAGCAAUGAUGAUCCUUUACGACGCAAUAUGCGUAAUAAUCUUUAUUAGGCUACGUUUCACGGUUUCAAGAUGGACAUUAUUUUGGGGGUUUCUUUGUUUUGUUUGUUCUUUGAUCACUAAUUCAAUGUCUUUAUUUGUACUUCACCUCUUUUUAUACACUCGCACACGCUCAUUCCUUUUCCCCGCCAAACAAACCCCAAGUUUCUACAAUCAUACACUUUAUGUAUCAAUAACUGUGAUCCUCUCAUUGCAUUCCGAUUUCAAUCUGAUUGAAUUUUCUCAUCAUUCUUGCGAGGUUUUGCCUUUGAUGUGCCAUUAUAUAAGUCAAGCAACGGCUUUCGGCGUAAUGAUGCAACAAUUUAUCGGCGGCAUUGGCGCUAGGGGGUGUGAUUUGAGUAAAUAAAUGAUCUUCACUUUAAUAUCACAUUUUUAUUGCCUCUCUUUCUAAAAUCGGCCCAUUACUCUUGGCGUAUUAUGUGUGAAGCUUAUUUCCAAAACCCUGAUGAUGUUUGCCUUUGACUGUUUUUGCCCGGUUAACUCCA